UGGAGGAACCGCACUGUCCUUAAUGACGGCGCAUCUCCGUUCUGCCGCCGUCAUUCGGUCCUCUGCGGAGCACACCGGGAGACACGGCGGAGAGGGAGCGCUGGACGACUCUACAACUCACUGCAGCUUCGUCCACAAUUAUUUCUGAGAUAUGAUUCAGCAGAACGAUAUUGCCAGCUCGUGGUACGUGUGACCAGAAGGAGACAGAAGGACAGGAGAGAUUAUGGACUUGUCCGAUGGCUUAUUACUGCAGGUCAACAACGGAGAGCAGUGGUCUAAUCGCUGGAAACACCCUGGCGAUGAUUUCGACCGUAGCACCAGCCCCUCAGUCCUGCGCAGUGUUACCAGCACGUGGAAGGAAGGCCUGCUGAACAGAAAAAGGCCUUUUGUUGGCCGUUGUUGUCACUCCUGCACACCACAGAGCAGGGAACGACUGUUCAACUCCAGUAUUCCUUCUCUGGGAUUGCGCAAUGUUAUCUACAUUAAUGAGACCCACACUCGACAGAGGGGCUGGUUGGCACGCAGACUGAGUUAUGUGCUCUUUGUCACGGAAAGAGAUGUUCACAAGGAUAUGUUUGCUAGGAAUGUGGUUGACAACGUGCUUAACAGCAGCAGGGUGGAGAACGCUAUUGUGAGGGUAGCUACAGAUGUGGAUGUUGCAGCUGAGCAACUUGGCCAGGAGCAUAAAGCUGUCAGCAAAGUGAAACAGAAAGCCAGAGCCUUCCUCCAAGAGAUGGUGGCAAACAUUUCCCCUGCCUUCAUCAGGCUGACUGGGUGGGUGCUCCUCAAGCUCUUUAAUGGUUUCUUCUGGAGCAUCCAAAUCCACAAGGGCCAGUUGGACAUGGUGAAGAAAGCUGCUACAGAGCAAAAUGUGCCCAUGGUCUUCCUCCCUGUCCACAAAUCCCAUAUUGACUACCUUCUUAUCACCCUGAUCCUGUUUUGUCACAACAUCAAAGCUCCACACAUUGCUGCCGGGAACAACCUAAGCAUUCCUAUUCUCCGCACCCUUAUCCGUAAACUGGGCGGAUUCUUUAUAAGAAGAAAAAUGGAGGAGACUGGUGAUGGGAAGAAAGACAUUUUGUACAGAUCUCUUUUACAUGCAUAUACAGAGGAGUUGUUACAUCAGAAGCAGUUUUUGGAAGUCUACCUGGAAGGUACACGCUCUCGUAGUGGUAAGCCAUCUCCAGCACGUGCCGGCAUGCUGUCCAUUGUGGUAGACACACUGUGCACUGGGUCCAUUGCAGACGUUUUGGUGGUGCCAGUUGGCAUCUCAUAUGACCGCAUUAUUGAGGGCAACUACAACAGCGAGCAGCUGGGCAAGCCAAAGAAGAAUGAGAGUUUGUGGGGUAUUGCAUGUGGAGUGUUCAGAAUGCUGAGGAAGAACUAUGGUUGCGUGCGAGUUGACUUCAACCAGCCCUUCUCUCUAAAGGAGUACCUGGACAUCCAGAGAAGCCGUCAUGUUCCACCACCAGUUUCCUUGGAACAUACUUUGAUGCCCACUAUUAUUUCUGCGCAACCUGAUUCUCUGCUGUUUGAAGGGCAGGAGGUGGAAGAACUCAACAGAGAGCUGCCUGAUGAGCUUUUCAGACGACAAAUCAUUAAUAACCUCGCCAAACAUGUCCUCUUCACUGCUAAUAAGUCAUCAGCGAUAAUGUCGACCCACAUUGUAGCCUGUCUGUUGCUGUACAGACACAGAAAGGGGGUGGCACUAUCAAAGCUGGUGGAAGACUUCUUCAACAUGAAGGAGGAGAUUCUGUCACGGGACUUUGACCUGGGCUUUUCAGGCAACUCCGAGGAUGUGGUUAUGAGAGCCCUCCAUCUGUUAGAAAACUGUGUCAAUGUGACUAGCGGUGCAAAUCGCAAUGGCGAAUUCACCAUCUCACCGAGCCACACUGUACCAGCACUUUUUGAGCUCAACUUCUACAGCAAUGGCCUUUUCCAUGUCUUCAUUUCUGAUGCAAUUAUAGCCUGCAGUGUCCUGGCAUUGCAGCGGGAGAUGGUCAUGGAGUCAGAGUCUGAUCACCAGCCUGACAACCCCAGUUGUCUCCCUCUCAGUCAGGAGAGACUCAUACUUAAGGCUGCUGGGCUCUCCCAUUUUCUCAUCAACGAGGUGGCUGUGGCAUCACCCUGUCAGACUAUUUACCAGGUCUUUCAUGAUGCAGUGAUGCGGCUCAUACAGUAUGGAGUUCUGUACGUAGCAGAGGAGGAUCAAGAGGAACUGAGUCCCAGUCCCACAGAAGAUCCCUGGCCCAAAAAGUUCCCUGAUCCUCUUUCUUGGAGAAGUGAUGAAGAGGAUGAGGACAGUGACUUUGGAGAGGAGCAGCGAGACCGCUACCUAAAGGUGAGCGUAUCCACAGAGCACCAGGAGUUCUUUGCCUUUCUGCAGCAACUGCUUGGCCCGGUGCUGGAAGCCUACAGCGGGGCUGCGAUCUUUGUCCACGGUCUGAAUCAACCCAUGACAGAGUCCGAGUACACCCACAAACUCUUCAAAUACCUGCUCACUCGCACAGAGAGAGAUGUGGCUGCUUAUGGUGAAAGUGCAACUCAUUACCUGGUUAAAAACACAGUAAGGACAUUCAAAGAGCUGGGGGUUCUGAAGGAGAAAAGAGAGAAUCUGGUGACCACUCUGGAGCUGAGCAGCACCUUUCUACCUCAGGCCAAUCGGAACAAGCUUCUACAGUACAUCUUAGGUUUCACACUGCUGUGACCUGGACACCUCUGGACUCUAGGCUGCUUCCAUCCCAAGGGCUUCUACUGGCUACUUCGAAACAAUCCCAGGUGCUACUCUGUGGAAAGCUUUACCAGGAAGUGCCUUCACAUGAAAGCCACUAACUGUUUCUAGCCAGAAGCGACUUGAGGCCAGUCUUCCCUUUUGUUACAGUCUGUGACCCCCACCACCCACCAUCUUAGAACUGUGCAGCUUAUGAAAGAAAAACAAAAUAGUUACUAUUCUUAUAGCAGUACAUCUUGAAGUCAUUCUGUUUUUUGAAAUUAUGCAGUGAAAUUGAGUGGUUUUAAUAUAAUAAUUGUAAUUAUUAAAUGUACUCCAACAGGUUAGUAAAUACAAGUCCCUUUUACAGCAGUCCAAGCAAAGCAAGCUGGUUUUU